AUGGAAGAAUCACAACGGGGAAAUGACAAAGGAAAGAGCAAAGUUAAUGGGGGUUAUAAAUUGUGGACGUUGGAAGAGAGCAAUGAGUUGCUACAACUCAUGGUUGAUGCCGCCAAUCGUGGAUGGCGUGAUAGUAAUGGAAUGCUAAGCAAGCAAACAGUUGAGAAAAUGAUUCUUCCUGCUCUUAAUGCAAAACUUGGAUGUGAAAGGAAUCAUUCACAAUACUUAAGCCGAUUGAAAUGUUCUGGGUUCGGGUGGGAUCCAAUCACAAAGAAGUUCACCGCUAGUGAUGAAGUGUGGAAAGAUUAUAUUAAGUCCCACCCAGCCCAUGUCAACUUUCAGACAGACAUUUUUGUUGACUAUGAACUUUUGAGGAUUGCAAUUGGGAAUGGAACUGCCAUUGGGAGAAACUCAAUUGCAUUGGGAGAUGAUACGAAUGCAAGAACAUUAGGAAUGGAAGAAAGUAGACGUGUGGGGAUAGAUGACUUGAGUUAUGAUUAUGAUAAUCAUGCAUUCAUACCAAAUGAAGUUAAAGCUGCAACAUUCCAAGAUCUAUCACCCACUCAAGGCACGAAUGUGGAGCUUCCCUUGGAAAGCAAUGGUCAGAAAAAAAGAAAUAGAACUGAGUAUGAGGGGAACACUAGCUCUUUUUAG